GGCUUUUUUAUCACUGGGAAUUUUUUUUUUUUCCUUUUGGAGAUUGGAUUGAGUUGGAGACAGAGCUAAGCUCUGGGCUGACUGGGGUUUCUCCCUUCGCUCCUCUUUCCCUCCCACCUUUGAUUUUUUUUUCCCCCCUUUCUUCGUUGGUUCUGUGAAAUCUUGGUUUGGGGUUGAAUUUUAUUUUAUUAUUUUUUUUUAAUUCUUCGUUCUGAGCCUGAGACAGGGAAAAUGGGCAGCGGUGACUGGGGCAGAAGGGGAGCCUCUCCAUCACUGUUGCUGGGACCUGUGCUGGUGCUGGUGUCCUAGAGGACUGGUCGCAGCUGGAGAAGUGGCAGACCAGUGGAAGAGCCUGCAUUCUAAAGAGUUUUAAAAUUAACUUGGCAUCACUUUUUUUGUCAGACCAAACAUAGAAACUGAAAAUCGAAGUGUUGAAUUUUUUUUAAGAAAUAACUUCUUAAAGGUUAAAGCUGAAAACAUUCAAGUUUUGGAUAACAACAUACAGAGGCCAAAUGACAUAGGAUGAAGGCUGUUCGUAAUCUGCUGAUUUAUAUAUUUUCCACCUAUCUCCUGGUUAUGUUUGGAUUUAAUGCUGCCCAAGACUUCUGGUGUUCCACGUUGGUGAAGGGAGUCAUUUAUGGAUCAUAUUCUGUAAGUGAAAUGUUUCCCAAAAACUUUACAAACUGCACUUGGACGUUGGAAAAUCCAGAUCCGACCAAAUAUAGCAUUUACCUAAAAUUUUCCAAAAAAGACUUCAGCUGCUCCAACUUUUCCCUCUUGGCUUAUCAGUUCGAUCAUUUUUCCCAUGAAAAAAUAAAGGAUCUUUUAAAAAAUAACCAUUCUAUAAUGCAACUCUGCAAUUCCAAGAAUGCUUUUGUAUUUCUACAGUAUGACAAAAAUUUUAUUCAAAUACGUCGGGUAUAUCCAGUUGAUUUCCCAGGAUUACAGAAAAAGGGAGAUGAAGAUCAGAAAUCAUUUUUUGAAUUUUUGGUGUUGAACAAGGUGAGCCCAAGUCAGUUUGGUUGCCACAUAUUAUGCACUUGGUUGGAGAGCUGCUUGAAAUCUGAAAAUGGGCGAACUGAGUCAUGUGGAAUCAUGUAUACAAAAUGCACUUGCCCUCAGCAUCUGGGAGAAUGGGGAAUAGAUGACCAAUCCCUGGUGUUGCUCAAUAAUGUGGUGCUGCCCCUGAAUGAGCAGACGGAGGGCUGCCUGACCCAGGAGCUACAAACUACCCAGGUCUGCAACCUCACCAGGGAAGCCAAACGUCCCCCGAAAGAAGAAUUUGGAAUGAUGGGAGAUCAUACAAUUAAAAGUCAGCGACCUCGAUCUGUUCAUGAGAAAAGGGUCCCUCAGGAACAAGCUGAUGCUGCUAAAUUUAUGGCACAAACUGGUGAAUCUGGUGUUGAAGAAUGGUCCCAGUGGAGUUCAUGUUCAGUUACCUGUGGUCAAGGGUCGCAGGUGCGAACCAGAACUUGUGUAUCACCUUACGGGACACACUGCAGCGGCCCAUUAAGAGAAUCAAGGGUUUGCAAUAACACUGCCCUCUGUCCAGUACAUGGAGUUUGGGAGGAAUGGUCACCUUGGAGUUUGUGCUCAUUUACAUGUGGGAGAGGCCAAAGAACCAGGACAAGGUCAUGCAUACCUCCCCAGUAUGGGGGAAGACCAUGCGAAGGACCUGAAACACACCAUAAACCUUGCAAUAUUGCUCUUUGCCCAGUUGAUGGGCAGUGGCAAGAGUGGAGUUCUUGGAGUCAAUGCUCAGUGACAUGUUCUAAUGGCACCCAGCAGAGAAGCAGGCAGUGUACUGCUGCUGCUCAUGGAGGGUCUGAAUGCAGGGGUGCCUGGGCUGAGAGCAGGGAGUGCUACAAUCCAGAAUGCACAGCUAACGGUCAGUGGAAUCAGUGGGGACACUGGAGCGGUUGCUCAAAGUCAUGUGAUGGUGGCUGGGAGAGGCGAAUAAGGAUUUGUCAAGGUGCAGCACUAACUGGGCAACAAUGUGAAGGAACUGGUGAGGAAGUUAGAAGAUGCAGUGAACAAAGAUGUCCUGCACCAUAUGAAAUAUGCCCAGAGGAUUAUUUGAUGUCGAUGGUGUGGAAACGGACUCCAGCUGGGGACCUGGCAUUUAAUCGGUGUCCUCUCAAUGCCACAGGCACCACUAGCAGACGCUGCUCUCUCAGUCUUCAUGGAGUGGCCUUCUGGGAACAUCCCAGUUUUGCAAGAUGCAUAUCAAAUGAGUACAGACACUUGCAGCAUUCAAUAAAGGAACACCUUGCUAAGGGGCAGCGGAUGUUAGCUGGUGAUGGGAUGUCCCAAGUGACCAAGACACUUUUGGAUUUAACUCAGAGGAAAAAUUUUUAUGCAGGAGAUCUUCUGAUGUCUGUGGAAAUUCUCAGAAAUGUGACUGAUACUUUCAAAAGGGCAAGUUAUAUUCCUGCAUCUGAUGGUGUCCAGAACUUCUUUCAAAUAGUUAGCAACCUUCUAGAUGAAGACAACAAGGAAAAAUGGGAAGACGCCCAGCAGAUCUACCCAGGUUCAGUAGAAUUAAUGCAGGUGAUUGAAGAUUUUAUACAUAUUGUUGGAAUGGGAAUGAUGGACUUUCAGAAUUCAUACCUAAUGACUGGAAAUGUAGUGGCUAGCAUUCAGAAGCUUCCUGCAGCUUCUGUUUUAACCGACAUCAAUUUCCCAAUGAAGGGAAGGAAAGGAAUGGUUGAUUGGGCACGGAACUCAGAAGACAGGGUGGUUAUUCCCAAGAACAUCUUCACCCCAAUGUCAUCAAGAGAAUUGGAUGAAUCUUCUGUGUUUGUUCUUGGAGCAGUUCUCUACAAAAAUUUAGAUCUUAUUUUGCCUACUUUACGAAAUUUUACUGUCAUUAAUUCCAAAAUCAUCGUGGUCACAAUAAGGCCUGAGCCCAAAACAGAUGAUUCUUUUCUGGAGAUAGAACUAGCCCAUUUGGCCAAUGGCACUAUGAAUCCCUAUUGUGUGCUGUGGGAUGACUCAAAAACGAACGAAUCUCUGGGAACCUGGUCCACCCAGGGAUGUAAAACUGUGCUUACCGAUGCAUCCCAUACGAAAUGCUUAUGUGAUCGUCUCUCUACCUUCGCCAUUUUGGCUCAGCAACCUAGAGAAAUAAUCAUGGAAUCAUCUGGUACACCUUCAGUAACCCUAAUAGUAGGCAGUGGUCUUUCUUGCUUGGCCUUGAUCACUCUAGCAGUUGUCUAUGCAGCACUAUGGAGGUACAUCCGCUCUGAGAGGUCAAUCAUUCUAAUUAACUUCUGCCUAUCCAUCAUAUCAUCAAAUAUCCUUAUCCUCGUUGGACAAACUCAGACACAUAAUAAGGGUAUCUGUACCACGACCACUGCAUUUUUACACUUCUUUUUCUUGGCUUCAUUCUGUUGGGUUUUGACAGAAGCUUGGCAGUCAUAUAUGGCUGUAACAGGAAAAAUUCGAACCCGACUCAUAAGGAAACGCUUUUUGUGCCUUGGAUGGGGGUUACCAGCAUUAGUGGUGGCAAUAUCAGUAGGCUUUACCAGGACAAAAGGAUAUGGCACUGAUCACUACUGCUGGCUGUCUCUUGAAGGAGGACUACUCUAUGCUUUUGUCGGGCCCGCAGCUGCUGUGGUCUUGGUCAACAUGGUGAUUGGCAUUUUGGUAUUUAAUAAACUUGUUUCCAGAGAUGGGAUCCUAGAUAAAAAGCUCAAACACAGAGCCGGUCAGAUGAGUGAGCCUCAUAGCGGUUUGACGCUCAAAUGUGCCAAGUGUGGAGUAGUUUCAACAACAGCUUUGUCAGCCACCACCGCCAGUAAUGCCAUGGCAUCUCUCUGGAGUUCCUGUGUCGUCUUACCCCUUUUGGCUCUUACCUGGAUGUCUGCUGUCCUAGCCAUGACAGACAAAAGAUCAAUACUAUUUCAGAUACUUUUUGCUGUAUUUGAUUCAUUACAAGGCUUUGUUAUUGUCAUGGUCCACUGUGUUCUUCGACGGGAGGUUCAGGAUGCAUUUAGAUGUCGUUUAAGAAACUGCCAAGAUCCAAUCAAUGCAGAUUCAUCAAGUUCUUUCCCUAAUGGUCACGCUCAAAUCAUGAGCGCAUUUGCUGCCUUUGAGAAUUCGAGGGUUCCUAUCCUUACACAACAGGGCCAUACAGACUUUGAAAAGGAUGUGGACAUUGCUUGUCGGUCAGUUCUUCAUAAAGACAUUGGCCCUUGCAGGGCAGCUACAAUAACAGGAACCCUCUCUAGGAUUUCUCUAAACGAUGAUGAAGAGGAAGAAAAAGGGCCAAACCCUGAAGGACUGAGCUACUCAACAUUGCCUGGAAGCAUCAUUUCCAAAGUCAUCAUUCAGCAACCCACAGGUUUACAUAUGCCUAUGAGCAUGAGUGAACUAGCCAAUCAGUGUUUGAAAAAAGACAACAGUGAAUUACGGCGAACUGUGUACUUAUGCACUGAUGAUAAUUUGAGAGGUGCCGAUAUGGACAUGGUCCAUCCUCAAGAAAGAAUGAUGGAAAGUGACUAUAUUGUGAUGCCCAGAGGUUCGGUAAAUGCCCAGUCAUCACUGAAAGAUGAGAGCAAAUUGAAUCUAGGCAUGGAAACUUUGCCUCAUGAAAGACUGCUCCACUACAAAGUAAAUCCUGAAUUCAACAUGAAUCCUCCUGUAAUGGACCAAUUCAGUAUCAAUUUGGAUCAGCACCUUGCACCCCAGGAGCAUAUGCAGAGUUUACCAUUUGAGCCUCGCACAGCUGUAAAGAACUUCAUGGCCUCUGAGUUGGAUGACAAUGUAGGAUUAUCAAGGAGUGAGACUGGAUCAACGAUAUCAAUGAGUUCUUUGGAGAGAAGAAAAUCACGUUAUUCGGACCUUGACUUUGAAAAGGUCAUGCAUACAAGGAAAAGACAUAUGGAAUUGUUUCAAGAGUUAAAUCAGAAAUUUCAGACUUUGGACAGAUUUCGGGACAUACCAAAUACAAGCAGUAUGGAAAACCCAGCACCAAACAAGAAUCCAUGGGACACUUU